GUCAGAAAGGCGAGUGCAAGUGAACGAGAGUGGCGUCGCAGACCAUUUGGGGAACUCCGGGGCGCUAGAUUUUUUAUUUUGGCGGAAAGCCUGGCGCUCCGCACAUGGCUACGAGUACGCUUAUAACGAUGGGUCCGGGACUCGGACUGGAUGAGCCUUUUUACUCGGUGCUUAAGUCUCCGCUGGCUGGACACAUUGUGGAGGGAGACAGUGCUCUGUUUGCUGUGGAUGGAUUGAAGACCACUGGCGGCAGGCUUUUAAACGAUUCAUCUCAGACAAAUUCUGAGAUGGAGAAGUACUUGACCCAUCAGCUACUUCUUGAACCUCCAACUCCUGAUGAGAAGAAGUUUCGAAGAGAUGGUACUUCUGUAAUGGAUCAGUUCUUCAGUGAUGAUGAAGGGUCACCAUACAGCAUCAACAUGAACCUUCUCCUGCCUGAAAUGGCACAUUUACGGUCUGGUCUGUUCAAACCCCAGAGACUACCCAUGCUUCCAAUCAAGACUGAACCCGUCUCCUACAGUCAGCAUCACAGACCCAGCACCAGCCCCAAGCAGACCCUUCCUGAAUUCACCAGUGUCUUCAGUUCUGCUGGAGGAGAUGUCAAUAGCAUCUUCAUUAAACAAGAGAUGCAUUCUCCUGAAAUCUCACAAGAGGCCCAGUUGUUUCAGCUGUUAAACUCUCCAGAAUUGGAUGCAUCCUUGUCUGUAAACCCAGCCGCCACUGGCAAUAAUGGUGUCCCUUUACCAAGUGCGGUGCCUCCUAUGAAUGAUCUCCAUGUUGCCACUCAACAGACUCAAGUGAAAUCAUUUCACAAUCUCCCAAACAACCCUUUUUCCGUGCCAACACAGUUUCUUCAGAGAGCCCAACAACAGCACAGCGUUACCUGUUUUCCACCAUCACCCCCAAGCUCUGAACCGGGAAGCCCAGAUAGGCAGACGGAAAUGCUCCAGAAUUUCUCACCACCUCCAUCCUAUGCAGCUAGUAUUGCCUCCAAGAUGACAAUGCAAAAUCCAAAUCUAACCCCAACACUCCAAAUUCCACAGCAACCAAUGCCAGUCCGGUACAACCGCAGAACCAAUCCAGACCUUGAAAAGAGACGUAUACACCAUUGUGAUUUCCCAGGUUGUUCAAAAGUCUACACUAAAUCUUCUCAUUUAAAGGCCCACUUAAGAACCCAUACAGGUGAGAAGCCAUACAAAUGCACCUGGGAAGGCUGUGACUGGAGAUUUGCUCGCUCUGAUGAACUCACUCGCCACUACAGGAAACACACUGGUGCAAAGCCCUUCCAGUGUGCAGUAUGCAGCCGUAGCUUUUCCCGCUCGGACCACCUGGCCUUGCAUAUGAAGAGGCAUCAGAAUUAAGUCUUUGACUACCAUGUCCCCCACACAUCUUUGCAAAGUUUUCUCAGUUUUACAUGUAGACUAAUUAAUAAUCUGCAAAUGUUAUGUUGCCUUAGUUUGGUACUUUUUUUACCAUAAGGUUUUCUUUUGGGCUGGGUGGGGGGCUAGUCUGUUGGGGAAUAUGGGCAGUGUAAAAAAAAAAAAAAAAAACUGGAAUAUUUUAGUAGUAGUAUACUGAGUGUAGUGAAACUGUUUUGAAGCAAAAACUAUUUAGAACUGUAUUUAUCUGAAGGUUUAAUACAGUUGCUCGUUAGCGAGCAGAUGUUUACUUUUGAUAAACUAUUUGCAGCUCCUACAAUCAAAACACUGUACGUUUUGUGAUGUUUUGACCAAAGCACUGUCAGUCAUUGAGAUGGUGUUUGGUAAAUAUACCUAAGGUCGCCGUAAUGUGCAAUGGAAAGGACAAAAGCUCCAGGUGGGGUUGGUGGGGGUGUGGAAGUUUGUGUGUGUGUGUGCAUAUAUAUAUAUAUAUAUAUAUAAUGUGUUUAUAUACUGUAUGUAUACAUACACACUAUAUGUAUUAUAUAAUUGUCAAUUUCUAACCAAAGAACAAAAUGCAGAUAUUACUUGAAACAAAAUAGCAUGACUUUAUACAUUUAGUUUCUUGCUGUUGAAGAUAGUUCUGAUUUAUUGUUUUUUUUUUUGUUUGUUUAUUUUUGUUACUGCUGCUGCAAAAAUAAUACAACCAAAGACUUAAUUUUAAUUUUUUAAUUUAAAAUUUUUUUUUUUAAAAAGUGCCUUCCAUAACCUACGGAGUUUAUGAAAAUAAGGUCUAGUUAAUACCCAGCAUUGUUUAAUUUUUCAAAAUUGGGUAUGAGCUUUUCUCAGUAGCACCCCCAGGGCCUUCCCUUCAUUCAAGGUUCUUAAAAGAAGCUUAAUUGUAAACCUCACACAGGAACAAUUUACAAAA